AUGGCCAGCCUCGACACCGAGAGGCUCAGCCUCGCGUUUCAAUCGCGGCCCGACCUCGUCGAGCAGAUCCGGGCCGCCGCGGCCAAAUCGCCGGCGCACACGCCGCUCUUCAACAGCAUUGCCGGCUACGUGUACGAGCAAGUGCAUGGCGGGGGCGAGCCGGCGCACAAGCGGCGACGCGUGGAGGCGGAGGACGAGGCGAACCGACACAGUCACAGUGCGCUGCCGGCGCGUCAAGGGACGGCAGAAACGGCAUCACAGAACGGAAGCACCGGCACCGGAGGCGGAGGAAGAGAACCCGACUUGCUCAGCGCUGCCGCGGCGGAGACGGUGCUGCUCGAGGUCAAGGACAUUUCGGUGUCGAUCCCGCAGCGCAAAAAGUACGACCUGUGCUUUACCAAGAACUACCUGUAUGCGCGGGCCGCCAACACGACGACGCCCGUGCCCGGCAUCGUCUACGCCUGGACGGAUUUUGAAUACGUCUUCUACCUCCCCGUGCCCGAAAAGACGCAGGUGCAGUACAACUACAUCCUCUUCCCGCGCCACGCGGCGCUCGCGUCGCUCUCGAAGCCGACGCCAGCAGCCGCAGCCGUGGCACCGACAGUCCCUCCUCCUCCUCCUCCCACGACCGAGCCGCUUGUCUUUACGGUGCCCGCCACCGCACCGAAACCGGGCCAGGUCGGCGGGCCCUCGGCCGGCCUCGCGGCCGCCGUGUCCGACUCGUACACGACGCUCUUUCACUGGGCCAUUGAGGGCCAGCUGCGGUCCGCCGAGAACGUGUAUCUGGCGCGGCAGCGCACCAUCAUCGUGGCCGCCGACCCCAACGUGUUCCACAGCGCCGCGCGCCAGCCGUUCCGCCCGGCCGAGAAGGCCGUGCACGUGCGCGCCUUCCGCGGCAGCAAGGACGGCUACCUGUUCUUCCUGCCGACCGGCAUCCUCUGGGGCUUCAAGAAGCCGCUGCUGUUCUUGCCGCUCGACCGCAUCGUCGCCGUCAGCUACACCAACGUGCUGCAGCGGACCUUCAACAUUGUGGUUGAGGUGGACGUGGGGGCGGGUACGGGCGCCGACGACAACGAGGAAGUCGAGUUUGGCAUGCUGGACCAGGAAGACUACGGCGGCAUCAGCGAGACGUACGUCCAGCGGCACAACCUGCAAGACCGCAGCAUGGCGGAGCGGCGCAAGGCGAAGCGGGAGCUGGCCGAGAACGCGCGGGGCGACAAGACGGCCAACGGCGAGGGCGGCGCCGACGGUGGCGCGGCCGGGGCCAGCGGAGACGGCGUGCCGGACGACGGGUUGACGGAGCUGCAGCGCGCCGAGCAGCGGCUGCAGGAUGAAGAGGACGAGGACGAGGAGGACUACGAUCCGGGCAGCGACGGGGACAGCGACGGGUCUGGGAGCAGCGACGAAGAGGGCACCGAGGAUGGCGAAGAAGUAGAAGGAGAUGAGGACGAGGACGGCGAAGAAGGCGAGGACGGCGAUGAGGAGUGA